AUGAAUAGUAGUAUCUUUGAUAUUGACUAUAUCUUUGAUGGCAAUAUUCAAGAGAAUAUCAAAUAUUUUACUAAUAUAACCAGAAGAAAAUCUAUAGAGAAGCUUGCAAAAGAACCAAAUACAAAAGGAAUUCAAAUUAAUCUUUCUAAUUCAAUUAAUUCCAAAGAAAAUCAAGUCAUAAUUGGAAGUACUUUGAAGAAGAGA